AUGCGCGUCACGGCUCUUCUGCUUGCGGCCAGUGCCGUCGCCGGCCACAAGUGCAUUCACAACGCGCUCUCGGCGCACGAGCUGCGCACGAUCUCGAGCCAGAGCUACGACAGCCAUCCAUUUGACGUCGACUCGCGCCGCCUCGAGGCUGCGGUUGACGCUGCGUCGGCGGCCAUCCAAGUCGCCGCCUCCAACUACAAGCCACUGCGCAUCACGCCGAUCUUUGACGACGCGAGCUUUGCUGCGCUCUCGUCCGCGAAGAAGCAGCUGAUCCUCGACAAGCUCGUGCCCGACGCGAUCGCUCAUUGGCAGAGCACGCUCCAAGUCAUUCCCAUCAACGGCACGUGGUAUGCCACGCGCCAGUGCACGUCCGUGUACAACACGAAGCCGCCCGUGUGCGCCAGCGUCGCCGCGUCGCAGAGUUGUUUGGACCAAGAGAUCCCGCCGGCGCACUAUGGCGCGAUCAAAGUGUGCUCGAGCUGCACGACGGCGGGCUGCACGUGCACGACGCAAGCCGGUGGCACCGGUGUCGCCAAUACCGACUACGUGCUGUACGUUCGCGCGGCUCAAACUACGCACUGCGGCACGUCCGUCUUGGCGUACGCGACGAGCUGUCAGCAAGACCAGUACGACCGGCCGACCAUGGGCAUCGUCAACUUUUGCCCCAACAAGCUCAAUACGGCGACGGCAGCGUACGAGUUGCAGCUCGGCACAGCGACGCACGAGCUCGCGCACGCCCUCGGCUUUACCGCGCAAAUGUACGCCUACAUGCGGCACGCCGACGGCACGCCACGCACGCCGCGCGAUGGCACGACCGGGCAGCCGCCAUUAUUGACCAACUACAAGUGCCCGAACGGCGUCACGGCCUCGGCGGUGAUGCUGCCGAGCACGAAGACCAUGCAAUUCUUCACCGAGCGCGGCCACGCCGUCGCCAAGCUCGUGACACCCAACGUCAUGGCGUACGCCCAAACCCACUUUGGCUGCUCGACGCUGAACGGCGUCGAGCUCGAAAACCAGGACGCCGGCGCGUGCUUUGGGAGUCACUGGGAAGAGCGGAUUUUCGAGCCCGAAAUGAUGAGUCCGCUUCAGAGCUUCCGGAACGUCCAGUCGGGUCUGACGCUGGCGUAUUUCCAAGACUCGGGGUGGUACCGAGUCAACUUUACAAGCGCCGAGCCCAUGUACUGGGGCGCGGGCCGCGGCUGCAGCUUUGCCAUGGACAGCUGCGUCACGCGCCAUGCAGCCAAUGGCACGAGCACAUCGAAUGUUCCGGAUCACUAUUGCGUCGACGAGGACGUGGAUGCGUGCACGGUCGACCUCACGGCCCGGGCGUUCUGCACGCUCUCGACGACGACGACUGCGAUCCCGAGCUACGCCCAGUACUUUACCAACGCCGCGCGCGGCGGCUCGUCGUUCCCCGACUUUUGCCCGAUUUUGGCCGGGUACGCCCAAGGCGACUGUCGCAUUAGCACCAAUUUGCAGUACCCGACCAACACCAACAUCAACCUCCUCGGCGAGACGUACGGCAGCAGCAGCUACUGCCUCAAGUCGACGCUGCUCUCGUCCAACAACGCCGGGUGGCGCAUUCCAGACCGCGCGACCGGCUGCUACGCCGUGUCAUGUACCAACACAUUGCUCACCAUCACGGUGGCCGGUCCCGCGGGCGCGAUUACAAAGACGUGCUCGCAAAAAGGCCAGGCCCUGACCUUUGACGCUUCAGCGUUUGAAGGCACGCUCUACUGCCCCGACCCAUUCAUCGUCUGCAACACGGGGCAGUGCUCGCCGGCGUGCGGGGCCAACGCCGUCUGCGCCGGCGGCUCGUGCGAGUGCUUGGACGGCUACGUGAAGGCGUCGAGUGGCGCGUGCGACCCUGUCUGCCCGAACGCGUGCUCAGGCAACGGCGCGUGCGACACGGGCAGCGCGACCUGUACGUGCAACAGCGGCUUCACGGGCCCGAGCUGCAACACCACAGGCGGCGCCGUCACGACCACGAAGGGCGACAACCAUGCGCACGCCGUCACCCUCCAUGGACUCGUCGCCGUCGCCGCCAUCGCCCUCCUCCACUUGUAGCCGUGCCUCGAUGAGAAUCAACGCACAAGAGUUGAUAUCCACAUAC